UGCAAGCAUCUCCAAGUUGGUCUCAAAUCUCCACAUUUCUUCCUUCUCUUCCGAAAGAAAAGAGAGAGAAAAAGUGUCAAAAAAUUUGUGGGGAAUCUCAAAAUCUCAACAGCAUUCCCACACUCCUACUCUGUACUCCCUCACUUGUUUUGACACACGGAACAACAACAAUUUCAUCACAUUUCUCUCUCCUCUUUCUUCACUCUUCACCCCUGUCAUUUUGACUCUUCUUCAUCACCAUUAAUGGAGUUUCUCUCGAUCUAACAAAGCCUGUCAUUCCUCUUUAUCCCCAUUUAUUUACGCCGUUAUUGGCGGCGGUGUAAGAUGGUGGCUGCCAUUUUUGUUGUUCUUUCUCUUUCCACAAAAUCCUAACAACUUUGAUGUGACUAAUCCUUUGUAACCCCUUUUCAGUACCGUUACUUCAAAUUAGAACAAGGGGUUGGAUUGUUUGUUUCUGUCCGCGGUCCGCCAUUGUUGUGAGCUUCGUUUUUGGAAAAACUAAUUACCCAGAUGUUGACUUGUAUAGCUUGCACGAAGCAAUUAAAUGGCGGAUCUCUUGGUCCUCAACAACAUCAACAGGAUGAAGAUGGUGAUGUUGUUGCAACACCCAGCAAAAAGCAACCCAUCAAAGCCCUCACUUCCCAAAUAAAGGGAAUGGCAAUGAAGGCAUCUGGAGCGUACAAGAACUGUAAGCCGUGUGCGGGAGGGAGGAGUGAGAAUAGGAAGAGUUAUGAGGAAUCAAAUGGUGGGUCUGUUUCUUCAAGGAGAUUCCAUUGUGGGUAUCAAAGAGCGGAUUCCACGGUGGCAGGGACGGCGAAGAUUUGGGGGAAGGAAUUGGGAGGGAGGGUUAUGGUUAAGGGAAUGGGGAUGGGGCUUUCGAGUGGGGAGGCGACGCCGGUGUCGAUUAGUGGGAGGUCGGAAUCAGUGGUGUUUAUGGAGGAGGAUGAGCCUAAAGAGUGGGUUGCUCAGGUGGAGCCUGGUGUUCUUAUUACUUUUGUUUCCAUGCUCCAAGGUGGUAAUGAUCUCAAGCGCAUUCGUUUCAGCCGUGAGCUUUUCAAUAAGUGGCAAGCUCAAAGAUGGUGGGCGGAGAACUAUGACAAGGUGAUGGAACUUUAUAAUGUUCAAAAAUUCAAUCAACAAGCUGUACCACCCGUAGCUACCCCUUCCAGGUCUGAAGACGAGAGUUCCAAGAUUGGAUCUAUACAGGGAAGUCCGACUACACCACCUUUGAGCAAGGAACGUUUGCCUAGGAACUUCCACCGUCCAACCGGGUUGGCAUAUUCCUCAACAGAUUCACUCGAUCAACAAGGAGCACGUCAAUACUACGAGUCAUACGGACUUGCUUCAACUCCUAAACUCUCUAACAUUAGUGCUUCCAAAACAGAGACAUCGUCAGUUGAUGCCUCUGCUAGGAGUAGUUUAUCGAGAGAUGUCGAUCAUUCAGGAGAACUUUCAGCCAGUAAUGCCAGCGAUGUCGAGACUGAAUGGGUUGAGCAGGAUGAACCUGGGGUCUACAUUACUAUCAGAUCAUUACCUAAUGGCACUCGGGAACUCCGGCGUGUUAGAUUCAGUCGUGAGAGAUUUGGUGAAAUGCAUGCAAGAGUUUGGUGGGAAGAGAACAAGGCCAGAAUCCAGGAACAAUACUUGUGAUAUCUGCAAAGAGAACUUCGACUUGCUGGCUCCCUGUAAGAGACUCUUUUUUCCAUAUUUCCUAGUAGCUGUACAAGGGUUUAGUUAAUGAAGCGGAAAGACAUGGCGAAUAUUGAACACACAUACAAGAAAAGUUCUUUAUUUAUUUUUUUCAUUUUUAUGUUACCUUGAGUUUAUAUAUAUAAAUAUAGAUUUCUAUAGAAUUAUUUUUAUGUAGUUGAAGUUUGGUUGGAGCAUUAGGUAGGAAGACCGAAGAUGUUGAUGAACUGAGGCUCGGUUAAUAUUUGAAGAGAUAGUUCUGUAUGAAAAUGACUUGUAAAAACCUCAAGUAGCUCUGUUGAUUUCUUGUGUAUGUUCCUCUGUCAUCCUGUAACUGUUUCUCCUUGUUUCUGAACUUCAAAAAACGCGUAAUAUUAUCUUCAUUUGGAUUGAAA